AUGCACGUCAAGGAGGACCUUCACAGCGGCCACCUGAGGAUGUGUUCAGAGCAGGCUGAGGAGCUGAGUGCCCUGCUGGCCCAGGCAGAGUUCAGAGACUACAACCAGAACACUGCCAAAUACUGCUACUCUGAGCUGUGUGGGAGCGAACCCUGCCCGGCAACAGUCGACAGGUAAGGGCAGGGUACUCCUGGGGGAUAUGUUAGACGACGAGUGUAGAUUGGACACACCGACGCACACACACUGGUGACUCUCAGAUCCACCUCUACGCAGACGACACCAUUUUGUAUACAUCUGGCCCUUCAUUGGACACUGUGUUAACAAACCUCCAAACGAGCUUCAAUGCCAUACAACAAUCCUUCAGUAGCCUCCAACUGCUCUUAAACACUAGUAAAACUAAAUGCAUGCUUUUCAAUCGAACGCUGCUGGCACCCGCCCACCCGACUAGAAUCACCACUCUCGACGGGUCUGACCUAGAGUAUGUGGACAACUACAAAUACCUAGGUGUCUGGUUAGACUGUAAACUCAACUUCCAGACUCACAUAAAGAAUCUCCAAUCCAAAGUAAAAUCUAGAAUCGGCUUCCUAUUUCGCAACAAAGCCUCCUUCACUCAUGCUGCCAAACAUGCCCUCGUAAAACUGACUAUCCUACCGAUCCUUGACUUCGGCGAUGUCAUUUACAAAAUAGCCUCCAACACUCUACUCAGCAAAUUGGAUGUAGUCUAUCACAGUGCCAUCCGUUUUGUCUCCAAAGCCCCAUACACUACCCACCACUGUGACCUGUACGCUCUUGUUGGCUGGUCCUCACUACAUGUUCGUCGUCAAACCCACUGGCUCCAGGCCAUCUAUAAAUCACUGCUAGGCAAAUCCCCGCCUUAUCUUAGCUCAUUGGUCACCAUAGCAGCACCCACCCGUAGUCUGCGCUCCAGCAGGUAUAUCUCACUGGUCAUUCCCAAAGCCAACACCUCCUUUGGCCGCCAUUCCUUCCAGUUCUCUGCUGCCAAUGACUGGAACGAAUUGCAAAAAUCUCUGAAGCUGGAGACUCUUAUCUCCCUCAAUAACUUUAAGCAUCAGUUGUCAGAGCACCUUACCGAUCACUGCACCUGUAAAUCAAAUCAAAUCAAAUUUUAUUGGUCACAUGCGCCGAAUACAACAGGUGCAGACAUUACAGUGAAAUGCUUACUUACAGCCCUUAACCAACAGUGCAUUUAUUUUAAACAAAAAAGUAAGAAUAAAACAACAACAAAAAAGUGUUGAGAAAAAAAGAGCAGAAGUAAAAAUAAAGUGACAGUAGGGAGGCUAUAUAUACAAUAGAAUAAAGUGACAGUAGGGAGGCUAUAUAUACAGGGGGGUACCGUUGCAUAGUCAAUGUGCGGGGGCACCGGCUAGUUGAGGUAGUUGAGGUAAUAUGUACAUGUGGGUAGAGUUAGAGUGACUAUGCAUAAAUACUUAACAGAGUAGCAGCAGCGUAAAAAGUAUGGGGUGGGGGGGCAGUGCAAAUAGUCCGGGUAGCCAUGAUUAGCUGUUCAGGAGUCUUAUGGCUUGGGGGUAGAAGCUGUUGAGAAGUCUUUUGGACCUAGACUUGGCACUCCGGUACCGCUUGCCGUGCGGUAGCAGAGAGAACAGUCUAUGACUAGGGUGGCUGGAGUCUUUGACAAUUUUGAGGGCCUUCCUCUGACACCGCCUGGUAUAGAGGUCCUGGAUGGCAGGGAGCUUUGCCCCUGUGAUGUACUGGGCCGUACGCACUACCCUCUGUAGUGCCUUGCGGUCAGAGGCCAAGCAGUUGCCAUACCAGGCGGUGAUGCAACCAGUCAGGAUGCUCUCGAUGGUGCAGCUGUAGAAUUUUUUGAGGAUCUGAGGACCCAUGCCAAAUCUUUUUAGUCUCCUGAGGGGGAAUAGGCUUUGUCGUGCCCUCUUCACGACUGUCUUGGUGUGUUUGGACCAUGAUAGUUCGUUGGUGAUGUGGACACCAAGGAACUUGAAGCUCUCAACCUGUUCCACUACAGCCCCGUCGAUGAGAAUGGGGGCGUGCUCAGUCCUCUUUUUUUUCCUGUAGUCCACAAUCAUCUCCUUUGUCUUGGUCACGUUGAGGGAGAGGUUGUUGUCCUGGCACCACACGGCCAGAUCUCUGACCUCCUCCCUAUAGGCUGUCUCAUCGUUGUCGGUGAUCAGGCCUACCACUGUUGUGUCGUCGGCAAACUUAAUGAUGGUGUUGGAGUCGUGCCUGGCCAUGCAGUCAUGGGUGAACAGAGAGUACAGGAGGGGACUGAGCACGCACCCCUGAGGGGCCCCCGUGUUGAGGAUCAGUGUGGCAGAUGUGUUGUUACCUACCCUUACCACCUGGGGGCGGCCCGUCAGGAAGUCCAGGAUCCAGUUGCAGAGGGAGGUGUUUAGUCCCAGGAUCCUUAGCUUAGUGAUGAGCUUUGAGGGCACUAUGGUGUUGAAUGCUGAGCUGUAGUCAAUGAGUAGCAUUCUCACGUAGGUGUUCCUCUUGUCCAGGUGGGAAAGGGCAGUGUGGAGUGCGAUAGAGAUUGCAUCAUCUGUGGAUCUGUUGGGGCGGUAUGCAAAUUGGAGUGGGUCUAGGGUUUCUGGGAUUAUGCUGUUGAUGUGAGCCAUGACCAGUCUUUCAAAGCACUUCAUGGCUACAGACGUCAGUGCCACGGGUCGGUAGUCAUUUAGGCAGGUUAUCUUAGAGUUCUUGGGCACGGGGACUAUGGUGGUCUGCUUGAAACAUGUUGGUAUUACAGACUCAGUCAGGGACAUGUUGAAAAUGUCAGUGAAGACACUUGCCAGUUGGUCAGCACAUGCUCGGAGUACACGUCCUGGUAAUCCGUCUGGCCCUGCGGCCUUGUGAAUGUUGACCUGCUUAAAAGUCUUACUCACAUCGGCUACGGAGAGCGUGAUCACAUAGUCGUCCGGAACAGCUGGUGCUCUCAUGCAUGCUUCAGUGUUGCUUGCCUCGAAGCGAGCAUAGAAGUGGUUUAGCUCGUCUGGUAGGCUUGUGUCACUGGGCAGCUCGCGGCUGUGCUUCCCUUUGUAGUCUGUAAUAGUUUUCAAGCCCUGCCACAUCCGACGAGCGUCAGAGCCAGUGUAGUAUGAUUCAAUCUUAGACCUGUAUUGACUCUUUGCCUGUUUGAUGGUUCGUCGGAGGUCAUAGCGGGAUUUCUUAUAAGCGUCCGGGUUAGAGUCCCGUUCCUUGAAAGCGGCAGCUCUACCCUUUAGCUCAGUGCGGAUGUUUCCUGUAAUCCAUGGCUUCUGGUUGGGGUAUGUACGUACGGUCACUGUGGGGACGACAUCAUCGAUGCACUUAUUGAUGAAGCCAGUGACUGAUGUGGUGUACUCCUCAAUGCUGUCUGAAGAAUCCCGGAACAUGUUCCAGUCUGUGCUUGCAAAACAGUCCUGUAGCUUAGCAUCUGCGUCAUCUGACCACUUUUUUAUUAGCCGAAUCACUGGUGCUUCCUGCUUCAGUUUUUGCUUAUAAGCAGGAAUCAGGAGGAUAGAGUUAUGGUCAGAUUUGCCAAAUGGAGGGCGAGGGAGAGCUUUGUAUGCGUCUCUGUGUGUGGAGUAAAGGUGGUCUAGAGUUUUUUCCCCUCUGGUUGCACAUUUAACAUGCUGGUAGAAAUUAGGUAGAACGGAUUUAAGUUUCCCUGCAUUAAAGUCCCCUGCUACUAGGAGCGCUGCAUCUGGAUGAGCGUUUUCCUGUUGAUUAAUGGCCUUGUACAACUCAUUCAGUGCAAUCUUAAUGCCAGCAUUGGUUUGUGGUGGUAAAUAGACAGCUAUGAAAAAUAUAGAUGAAAACUCUCUUGGUAAAUAGUGUGGUCUACAGCUUAUCAUAAGAUACUCUACCUCAGGCGAGCAAAACCUUGAGACUUCCUUAGUAUUUGAUUUUGUGCACCAGCUGUUGUUUACAAAUAUACAGAGACCGCCACCCCUCGUCUUACCCGAGUCUGCCGUUCUGUCCUGCCGAUGUAGCGUAUAGCCUGCUAGCUGAAUGUUAUCAUUGUCGUCGUUCAGCCACGACUCCGUGAAACAUAAGAUAUUACAGUUUUUAAUGUCCCGUUGGUAGGAUAACCGUAAUCUUAAAUCGUCCAUUUUAUUCUCCAAAGCUUGAACGUUGGCUAAUAGGAUUGAUGGGAGAGGCAGUUUACUCGUUCGCCGUCGGAUCCUUACAAGGCACCCGGAUCUGCGUCCACGAUAUCUCCGUCUCUUCCUCACGCGAAUGACGGGGAUCUGGGCCUUGUCGGGAGUCUGUAGAAUAUCCUUCGCGAACGCCUCGUUGAAGAAAAAGUGUUCGUCCAACGCGAGGUGAGUAAUCGCUGUCCUGAUAUCCAGAAGCUCUCUUUGGUUAUAAGAGACGAUGGCAGAAACAUUAUGUACAAAAUAAAUUACAAAUAACGCGGAAAAACACACAUAAUAGUACAAUUGGUUAGAGGGCUGUAAAACGGCAGCCAUCUUCUUCCGGCGCUUCCCUCUGUACACAGCCCAUCUGAAAUUAGCCCACCCAACUACCUCAUCCCUAUAUUGUUAUUUAUUUUGCUCUUUUGCACCCCAGUAUCUCUAUUUGCACAUAAUCUCUUGCACAUCUAGCAUUCCAGUGUUAAUACUAUUGUAAUUAUUCUGCACUAUAGCCUAUUUAUUGCCUUACCUCCAUAACUUGCUACAUUUGCACACACUGUAUAUAUAUUUUCUGUUGUAUUUUUGACUUUAUGUUUUUUACCCCAUAUGUAACUCUGUGUUGUUUUUAUUGCACUGCUUUGCUUUAUCUUGGCCAGGUCGCAGUUGUAAAUGAGAACCUGUUCUCAACUGGCUUACCUGGUUAAAUAAAGGUGAAAUAAAAAAUAAAAAAUAAAUAAACACCUCUGGUGUGUUAAAAAAAGGAUUUAAGCUUGAGCCUUAAUGCUAAUUGGAUGGAGUUGGAGUUUGCAGGACAUGAAUACACUGUUGGAAUUUUGAAAACAAAACUGCCCUUGACAAGGUUGCUGGCUGGCUUAGUGAACAGAUAGGGUAGACUGUAAUGUUAUCAGAGGCUUAUGGUAUGAAAGUACCCAAAUCUAGCUGAACCAAGUACCAGAUGUUUUGUUAAUGAUUCAUCCAACAUCAGUCAGACAUCUAGUCAGGUGCUUCAAAGAGAAAUUCCCAAUGUUUAAAAUUCAUCCAAAAACAGGUUAUACCUUUAAUCAUUUAUCACCAUAAUUGACAUGAAAAACUUAUGUUGCGUUGGCUAGACUUGGGUACACAAGCUGUGUUCCUAUUCCCAAGAAUCUAUGGUUGGUGCUCAAAACAAACAAUUCGGUGUGAAAUACUAUUAUAAUUUACUACACCCUAACCCAUGAUUUUCUCCAGCCAUAACAUUGCCUUCUAGUUACCUUUUGGCUAUGAACCAGUCAGUAGUGUGCAGCUGACAUAAAAAUUAGUACCAUGAGAACCUGGUAUGAGUUACACUGGCAAUGCAGACAGUAGCACAGUUUGGAAAUCCCCAGCACACAUACACACACAUCACCCAAUGUGUGCAGAGCAACAGACACAGAGGAAACCACACUGAACAAAAAUAUAAACGCAACAUGUAAAGUGUUGGUUUCAUGAGCCGAAAUAAAAGAUCCCAGUCAUUUUCCAUACACACACAAAGAUGUUGUGCACAAUUUUUUUACAUCCCUGUUAGUGAGCAUUUCUCCUUUGCCAAGAUAAUCCAUCCACCUGACCGAUGUGGCAUAUCAAGAAGCUGAUUAAACGGCAUGAUAAUUACACAGGUGCACCUUGUGCUCGGGACAAAAGGCCAUGUGCAGUUUUGUCACACGGCACAAUGCCACAGAUGUCUCAAGUUUUGAAGGAGCGUGCAAUUGGCUUGCUGACUGUAGGAAUGUCCACCAGAGCUGUUGCCAGAGGGUUUGCACAACCGAACAAGUUUUGCACAAACUGUCAAAAACCGUCUCGGGAAGCUCAUCUGCGUGCUCGUCAUCCUCACCAGGGUCUUGACCUGACUGCAGUUCGGCAUCGUAACCGACUUUAGUAGGCAGAUAAUCACCUUCGAUGGCCACUGGCAUGCUGGAGAAGUGUGCUCUUCAGGGAUGAAUUCUGGUUUCAACUGUACCGGGGAGAUGGCAGACAGCGUUGCAUGUAUGGCGUCGUGUGGGCGAGCGGUUUGCUGAUGUCAAUGUUUGUGAACAGAGUGCCCCAUGGUGGGGUUAUGGUAUGACAUACGCUACGGACAACGAACACAAUUACAUUUUAUCGAUGGCAAUUUGAAUGCACAGAUACAGUGAUGAGAUCCUGAGGCCCAUUGUCGUUCCAUUCAUCCACCUCAUGUUUCAGCAUGAUAAUGCACGGCCCCAUGUUACAAGGAUCUGGUACACAAUUCCUGGAAGCUGAAAAUGUCCAAGUUCUUCCAUGGCCUGCAUACUCAGACGUGUCACCCAUUGAGCAUGUUUGGGAUGCUCUGGAGCGACGUGUAUGACAGCGUGUUCCAGUUCUCGACAAUAUCUAGCAACUUCGCACAGCCAUUGAAGAGGAGUGGGACAACAUUCCACAAUCAACAGCCUGUUCAACUCAAUGCAACGGAGAUGUUGUGCUGCAUGAGGCACACCAGAUAUUGACUGGUUUUCUGAUCCAUGCCCCUACCUUUUUUGUAAGGUAUCUGUGACCGUCUGUAUUCCCAGUCAUGUGAAAUCCAUAGAUUAGGGCCUAAUUUAUUUCAAUUGACUGAUUUCUUUAUAUGAACAGUAACUCAGUAAAAUCUUUGAAAUUGUUACAUGUUGCGUUUUAUAUUUUUGUUCAUUAUAGAUAACACCACAGCUCCACCACAGGGGUUGGGUUAAAAGCAGAAGUAAGAUUUUGGUUGGACCCUGUGUGCAAUUGGCCAAUAAAGUGAUCUUUAAUUUUAAUAUUAAACAACACAUGCUCACAAGGUUCAGAAAGAAAGCACACCCUUCCUUCCUCUCCCAUGUUGACGCCAUGUACCCACUUGUUUUUCACCAACGGAGGUUGGUUUGCAAUUGGAACAACAAAGUUUGUCCCACGACCGGGAGACCCAUGGGGCGGCGCACAAUUGGCCCAGCGUCGUCCAGGGUAGGGGAGGGAAUGGCCGGCAGGGGAUGUAGCUCAGUUGGUAGAGCAUGGCGUUUGCAACGCCAGGGUUGUGGGUUCGAUAAAAUAAUGUAUGCGCUAACUGUAAGUGGCUCUGGAUAAGAGCGUCUGCUAAAUGACGUAAAUGUAAAUGUUAUGAUGUCACCCAGCAUGACAUGAGCAACAGACGGAGGAAAUGUGGGUAGUGUCCGAAAUGGCUCCCAAUAGCUAGCUAGUGUCCAAAAUGGCACACUAUUUCCCCAUAGGCUCUGGUCAACAGUAGUGCACUAGAUAGGGAAAAGGGUGCCAUUUUGGACGCAAACUUGAUAACACAUGGUCACGAUGUUCCCUCUACAGAGACACACCCUUCCCGUGUUCCUGCAAUGCAGUCACUUGUUUUUCUUAGUCAUGAACCAAACCUGUUCAGGCAUUGAACUGAAAACCUAAGGGAGAAUUAGAGCUACAGUAGCAGGUUUGAGUUUUAGCCAGUUAAAUGUCCUACAUAUUCUGGAAACACUCUAAAUCAUACAAAUCAAAACUUGAUAUAGGAAUAGUAUUUUAUCUUACUUGACCCAUUUUCCUUUAAACAGCCAUAAAAACCAGGGCUAUAACUAGGUGUUAAACAUCAAUUUAUUAAUCCUUUCUGUGAAACUAAACCUAAAAGCGAGUCAAUGCCCACAUCCGUUUCGUUUUCCAUCACCAACCCAUAAAGCCCACAAUACACUCUCACUUACUCACUCACUCACACGCAAUAACAACAUGGUUGGGACAACCAUGCCAGGGAGUAGCCCAGCAGCUCGUUGACUGGUUAAAUCAACAGUUUGAGAAGCAGCAGUUUGGGUGCAGGCCAAGCUAAACUAGGGACUGUUUGUGCUAGGUCAGAGGACAGAUCUAUUGCUGUGUUUACACACACUCUAGGAUAUACACACACUCUAGGAUAUACACACACUCUAGGAUAUACACACACUCUAGGAUAUACACACACUCUAGGAUAUACACACACUCUAGGAUAUACACACACUCUAGGAUAUACACACACUCUAGGAUACAGAUGAAGGCAUAGACACUCUAGGAUCCCCCCUGACAUUGUAAUUGGAGGGUAAAUGCAAAUGUCAAUGUACUGGGUUUAAUCAGGCUUAUAUGGACAUAAUAUUCUCUUGUUAGUUUGUUGUCAAAAUUAUAAUAGCCCAUUUGGUGAGCUCUGUUUGUUUUUAGUAAUUGGCGAAAGCAUACUUCUAUUGCACUAUGGGUAAUUUUCUGGACAUUCUCGCUCCGUCUAAUCAAGUUUAUGCCUUGGGAGGAUGACACAACCAAUAUCUGUACUGUUUAAUUAUGUCAUAACAUUUAUUGCAGAGGCUCACAUUACAUUCUAGUAAUUGAUUCCCUUUAUUAUUUGCUCAGAUUAGGGGGAUGAUGGGAUUAUAUUAGAAAAUCUGCUCUCUGGGUGACCGAUUUGAUUGACAGCUCAGGCAGCACCCAGCAGUCUGUCACGUUCAGCUGUGUGAAGAUGUGAUUUCUGUACUGUUUUCUCACAGCCGUCCCAUGAAAUGAAUACAGAAUAUGAGCUAUUUGAAGCAUGGUUGCUCUGUGUAAGUCAUUUUGAAGCUCUGCAUGUGAACCAGUAGUGACACUGCCGUCUCUUUCUCGAUCCCUUCCCUCCCUCCACAGUAUAAUCUCUAAGCACAAGGCGUUGGAGGGUCAGAGCCUGGGGUCGGUGGAGUACCAGGCCCUGCAGCUUGUGUCCAGUCUGGAGCACUACGGGGUGGAGUGGCACUGGGCCAGGGACGCAGAGGCACAGAGGCUGGCCAUAGGGGUGGGUCCGGAGGGCAUCACUGUCUGUAAAGAGGACUUCAGCCUGGUCAACAGGUAAAUGAAGGGUCUUCAGGCUAGUUAACCAACUGCUCCAUAUCUUGUGUAGUCAGCUCAGACAUAAUAGAGACUAAAACCAUAUCAUCAGAGCGCUUUGUAUGUGGGGCGUACAAUAUACAAUCUACUGUAAAUAGUUCAGAGGAUCUCCUACAAAUACUGUGCCUUACUGGAAUGUCAAUAUCUAUGAAGUGGAAAGUCCCCCUGACUUAUCCCACCAUCUUUACCUUUGAGGAAAUCUCUUAUUGUUCUGCGAUUGUCAUCAUGAAACUGAAAUCCUGUAAUAUUACAAAAUGUUAUUGUUGUACAACAUUGUGUAAUGUUACAGGAUUGUAGUUUAAAGAAUAGUUUCCAACUUCAGCUUUUUUUAUCCAUUUCUAGGAUCAGCUAUCCCAUAAUCCAAAUAGCUACCCAGUCAGGGAAGAGUGUUUACCUGACGGUGAUCAAGGAUACCAGCGACAGUGUGGUUCUGCUAUUCAAGCUAAUCAGCAACCGGGCUGCCAGCGGACUGUACCGGGCCAUCACAGAGACUCAUGCCUUCUACAGGUGAGGGGACAGGAGAGGAUUCACUUGUGGGGAGCCGAAACACAAACACGUGCAGUCCAAUUAUACAGUGCACCCUGCAUAUAGUGAUCAUAUCUGUGCAGUUGGAUUUGAUCACCAAGUGAUCCAAGGCAUUAUUGAUCAAAUGUUCCAUGUUCUCUGCAAACUAUUUAGUAGGGUUGAAAGGAGAGCCUCUGAGUAUAGUAUAGAGCCACAAACACUGACAACCACCCAUGGGCUGCACGGUCAUGCUAAUGUGUUGACAACAUGUUUGUUUACACUACCAACUGGAGCAUCCUCUAAAUGUUAUUUCUGUCACUUAUUCAGCCAACUUUACGGCCCUCAGAAUACACUAACGCUCCUGGAGUGCUGUGGCAUUCUACUGCCUAGGGGAUAGCCAACCAGUCACGCGUUUCACUUCCCCAUUUUAGAAGUCCUGAUAGGUCAGGUUCUCUCAGCAGACUCAACGUUCUGCUCUGUUGUGAAGUGCUGCUUGCUGAAUAUGCAUCCUGAACUACUCCUGAGUGGCGCAGUGGUCUAAGGCACUGCAUCGCAGUGCUAACUGUGCCACUAGAGAUCCUGGUUCGAAUCCAGGCUCUGUCGCAGCCGGCCGCGACCGGGAGACUCAUGGGCGGCGCACAAUUGGCCCAGCGUCGUCCAGGGUAGGGGAGGGAAUGGCCGGCAGGGAUGUAGCUCAGUUGAUAGAGCAUGGCGUUUGCAACGCCAGGGUUGUGGGUUCGAUUCCCACGGGGGGCCAGUAUAAAAAAAUAUGUAUUCACUAACUGUAAGUCGCUCUGGAUAAGAGCGUCUGAUAAGAGCGUCUGCUAAAUGACUAACAUGUAAAAAUGUAAAUGAACUACAGUUGUACACAUUCACUGAGACUGUGCUAUGUAUGGUCCUUAGGACGUUUGUUGAAGACACUCUAUCUACCAAUUCACCAAAUCAUUUUACAUGUCCUUGGUCUGAAGUGAUUGAUGAAGCCAUACUGUACAGGUCUAAGUGUUGAUAUUAAUGAAAAAGUGCUUAAUUCUUCCUGGAAAAAUGGAUGUCAGCCAUUUAAAUUGUCCUACUGCAGAGCAAUGAGAUUGUUCACAGCUGGGUUACAAUAGACCCAAAGGUCCACAGAUGACCUCUGGUUGUGUGUGGGGGGUUUUGCAGAACCUUUCUCCAUGUCUUCCCCAGGUUGUGCAGGUGGGGCUUGUUCUGUACUUGAGCUUAGUGUAGUGACUAUUUUUCUGAAUAAGUUUAGAGGAUUUCUAGUUCUUUAUUGCUGUUAAACAUGAUCAAUCACAUGUAUAGGUUGAGUCAAAGGGGAAAAUGGAGGAAUCAAUUGAUUAAAAAAUAGUGUCCAACAUUCGAUGACCGAUGAAGACAAAAUGAGAUCGACUUCUUGGUUAAUAACGUCUCCCUCUCUCCUCCAGGUGUGACACGGUGACCAGCGCAGUGAUGAUGCAGUACAGCCGUGACUUCAAGGGCCACCUGGCCUCGCUCUUCCUCAACGAGAACAUCAACCUGGGCAAGAAGUACGUCUUUGACAUCCGACGCACCUCCAAGGAGGUCUACGACUAUGCACGCCGGGCUCUCUACAAUGCCGGCAUCGUGGAUCUGGUGGCACGAGCGGCGGGGACAGGCGGCGAGAGGACGCCAUCGGGGCACAGUCCCCUUCGUGGCAAGGGGGAGGGGAUGGGGGAGGACUGUGGGAGCUGCCAGCAGAGCAGGGCGCUGCUGGAGAGACUAGAGAAGCUCAGAGAGGCUCUGCUGUGUAUGCUGUGCUGUGAGGAGGAGAUAGAUGCAGCCUUCUGCCCCUGUGGACACAUGGUGUGCUGCCAGACCUGCGCCAACCAACUACAGGUAAGGAGACCGAGAUGGAAGUGAAUGCUUGUAAAUUAUUGAAUGUUAUGUUCUGCAUGUUGAUUUUGGUCAAAUUGAGAAACAACUGCUAGUCCAUGAUAGAGAGAACACUUGAACUAUGCACAUUGAUUUUGUUGAUGGUUUUUGGUCAAGUCGACAUUAGGAUGCCACCACUACAAUCUACCCCCAGAAUAUGCAGCUGUCUCACUAGGUUUAAAUGUCUUCCUUUUCUCAUCUUUCAUGAGGACAUAUUUCAGCUUGGUCUUAAUAAACUACAGCAGUAGGACAGAAACCAAUACGAUCCUUUGUCCCCUUGAAGGAAAGAACACUUGGAAAUGUAGGACGCUGUUGAAGAGUAUUGGAACCUGGACAAAGUUUGUUAGUGAUGGUAGUGGUAGUCCUUGGCAUAACACAACAAGCACACUCUGGGGUUCUUGCUGUGUACAUGAGUGGCAGAGCACGGAUUCAAGGAGAAUACUUCUCUUUUCUCCUGAGUCACUCUCCCUCUGAGCAGUCUCUCAUAUCCAUUUUAUGACUUUUAAAAACCGAUCCAGCGUUUUCCUCAUGUAUGGGUUCAGCUAACCUCAUUGGCCCUCCCACUAAUCUCCUAAAUUUUAUUUGAACUGCCGCCGCAGACUGUGAAUUAGUGGCUGUGGAUUAAAGCUGCCGGCAGCAGGCCAGCAAAUGUUUAUUCCAUUAAAUCCACAGGGAAACGUGUCGUGUUGUGUGGCUGGACCCAAACACAGUGAGAGGAGAGAACUGACACGCAGGGAAAACAUUUCAGGGAGAAAAAAUCAUUCCAAGAUGGCCGCCCCCUUAGCUUUUUCUGAACAGAGUGUAUCGUGGGUAAUUCGAUCUAGAGGUCCCGGUUGGUUAACUAACAGGCUUUUACACGGCUUCAAUACAAUUGACUGGCUAAAUUAAAUUGGAGUGUUAUUCCACUACUCUUCACUGUCACUUUGACAGACUGGUUAGUAUAAUUGGUCUGUGUUCUGGAUGUCUUAAAUAUGUUUCUGAGAGACUGGCUGCCUGGUCCAUUCUGCAGCCCAGGGCAUGUGGUGGUGGUGGUGGUGGUGGUGGGUGUUCAUGCAUUUAUGUAAUGAGUUUGACUCACAUGUGAACAGCCAAAACACUGCUGAGGGGAGGACUGCGCAGUGGUCUAAGGCACUGCAUCUCAGUGCUAGAGGCGUCACUACAGACCCUGGUUCGAUCCCGGGCUGUAUCACAUCCGGCCAUGUUUGGGAGCCCCAUAGGGCAUUGCACAAUUGGCCCGGCGUCGUCCGGGUUAGGGGAGGGUUUGGCCGGGUUAGGCCGUCAUUGUAAAUAAGAAUUUGUUCUUAACUGACUUGCCUAGUUAAAUAAAGGUGCAAAAAAAUUAAAACAAAUAGUGGUUGAUUCCAUUCCAGCCAUUAUUAUGAGCUGUCCUCCACUCAGCAGCCUCCACUGAUAAAUACAGUGUGGUUUAUGAACCAUUUGAAAAAUAGUGUGAACCCUGCUUUGAAGCAUUGUGGCUCUGCAUGUGAACUACUUGUAGCACAGUGGUCCAAAGACCGUAGUAACACUGCCAAUGCUUUACCAAACCUCUGACAGCCAAGUCUUCAUGUUCUUUGAUACAGUAUGUAUUUGACCUGUUCCUUAUCUGUAACUUAACAAGUGACCGCUAGUCUUAUGUUGACGUUCACCCAUCUCUCCCCAGUUGUGUCCGGUGUGUCGAUCUGAGGUGGAACACGUGCAGCAUGUCUACCUGCCCACCUGCACCAGUCUCCUGAACCUCAGCAACACCUCCCACGACGACAACAGCAGCCCCAUCCACAGAGCUAUAGGUGGGCUAGCACACCCCUGCCACACCAAGGCCCACUCCAAUACCACCAACAACCACCACGACUCCAACAAGAUCUACCAGACUGAGACAUAAACCACACCCCACUCCCAGAUUGCGUCCCAAACGGCACCUUAUAUAGUAAUGUCGACAGUAAUGCACUACAUAGGGAAUAUGUUGCCAUUCCAGGCAUAGUCCAGUCCCAACACCACGGUUUCGGUUUCUUUGUUUAUCACCUUGCCAUUCUGACAGUGGUAUUUCUCCACUCUCAACUGUCGACUAUAUAUAUAUUUUUUAACCAAUGAUGGAUUUGGGAUUUUGAAUUUCCACCCCUCCAUUUUAGAUUUAGGGUUAUUGCGUAUUAUAUUUUCUUAAUUUAAUUGCAUCAGUUGAUUUGAUCAGCAGUAGCGGCGCUAUUUGAUUUAUUUCAUUUGGAUUGAGCUUUUGUUGUUUUUGUGUUUUCCGCUCCAUAUCUGUGUACAGAAUGUGAAUUAUCUAUUGGGCUCAUAACCUGCAACGCUUGUACAAUAUGAGGGAAUUCUGUGUUUUAGGAGAAUAGUAGGCAACAUACAUCAUCGUUCAGUUGUUUUAUAAGUAUAUUUGCAUUUUUAAAAAAGGUUUCUUCGUUUUAAGCUUUAAGAAUCUAAUUUUAUGGUUCUAAUGGAGUGAAAUGCAUUUUUUUUUUGUUCUGUGGUUUCCAUGCCAAUGAGAAGUUAUUUGGGGGUAGGAAGCCGCACAGCCCUGGUACAGCACUGCAUUCCGAUUUAGAGAAGGACUGUCCGAAAAGGCACCCCAUUCCCUAUGUAGUGC